UGAUCUCAGAGUCUCCGCGACAAGGGAGAUUAUUGGAAUCGGAAAUGAUUUCUCUCGACAUCUGCUGCUGACGAAUUCUCUAGCGCGUUUUUUACGUGGACUUUUUGGGGGUUGUGAGAGCGAGCGCGCAGACCUAUAAAUGUUGGCUCUUCUGUCUGUUCGUCAUAUUCCUCAGUGAGGUGACGAGGAUGCUGUUGAGGGCAGUAGUGUGUGCUAAAGUUGUUUUGGAUGCAUGCACAUAAAACACAAAGUUUGUGUUGAUUAUAGGCUGCACGCUCUACUCUUUAAUUAUAAAGAAGUCUUCUGAUGUUUCUGGAGUAUUCUCGGCGGUUUUCACUUCAGUUGAAGAUUCAAAGGAUUCUGUUGCCCGGUACUAGCCUAUCACAGAUAGAAAACGGGGCACGCACAACUACUGAAGGCCAGUCAGUCCCACAGUCUGUGCGUGUCUGUAUGUGUGAGGUGGCACACCCGCAUCGUUCGUCAGUUUGCGCGCAAGUUGUGUCAGACUACUACAAGACUAUCUCCCCUCUCUCUCUACUCCACCAACAUGGCAUUGAGAGGAGCUGUCCGAGGCCACAAUCUCCUCUCUAGAGGUUACAAUCACCCAAGAAUUCUCAAGGCAAUAACAGACCCUGCUAAUUUGAGCACAUUUGCCAACAGACCAGCCCUAGGUGUCUUUCCUCCAUCACACUUUGUGAAAGACCUCAAUGAAACUCUGCUGUCUGUGGCGCCUCCCAAACUGCGCCAGGUGCAGACCAUGGCGUGUGGAGCCUGCUCGGUGGAACAUGCUCUCAAGGCAGCCUUUAUGGGCUACAGAGUGCCCUUGCCCUGACCCACACUAAAUGGGCACAUAAGCUGGACUUCCCCAGCCCAGACUGGCCAAUCGCAACUUUCCCCACCCUUCGCUAUCCACUGGAAGAGUUUGCAGAGGAGAAUCGGCUAGAAGAGGAAAAGUGCUUAGCAGAGGUGCGAGAGCUGAUCCAAGAUGCCAAGCAGAAAGGCAAGCCCGUGGCGUGUGUGGCCACAGAGCCUAUUCAGUGUGAAGGUGGAGACAACUUUGCCAGUCCACAGUUCUUCCAAGGACUUCAAGACAUCUGCCAGGAGAAUAAUAUUUACUUGCUGAUUGAUGAGGUACAGACGGGUGCUGGUACAACAGGCAAAUUUUGGGUACAUGAGUACUUCAACUUGAGAGAUCCCCCGGACUUGAUGACCUUUGCUAAGAAAAUGUUGACAGGCGGGUUUUACUACCGUGAUGAACUCAGACCGACAGAGGGCUAUCGCAUCUUCAACACUUGGAUCGGGGACCCUUCCAAGAUUGUGAUUCUACGUGAGGUGCUUGCCACCAUCAAGGAGGAAGGUUUAGUGCAGAAAACUGCGGAGUUGGGGAAACAAAUGCUUCAAGUGCUGGAGACUGCUCAGGCUGAAUUCCCAAAUGUGGUUUCCCGCGCUCGAGGACUCGGUUGCAUCAUGUCCUUUGACUGUCCGGAUGCCCAGACCAGAGACAAAUUGGUUGGAAUUCUCAGAACUUAUGGUGUCCAUGUUGGCACAUCCGGGAGCAGUACAUUGAGACUUCGACCCACCCUGACACUACAGAAGAAGCAUGUGGAUGUUUUUGCUGAUCGGCUGAGAAAAUCUCUUCAGGAACUGUAGUAAUCCUGUUCUCUUGGUCUGAACGAUGUCAUAGCAAUGAAUGGCAUGAUUUUUACAGCAAUGAUAACAGAAUGGUGACAAUAAAAUAUGUUUGUUAAUAUGUUAUUUUCAGAGGCUCUCGAUGUGAAAUUUAACACUUUGCAGUCACACAACCAGCAGUACAAAAUACCCCAUCUGGUCAUCCAGCCAGGAGAGUGACUGGAACGGAUGAUUUUCACCAACGAAUUAUUGCGCCAAGUGCCCGCAAAGUGUUAACAAACAACCAUAUUUUAAAAAAACUUUUGAUAGUACAUUAUGUAGCUGUAAUAAAGAAAAUGGCUGGUGAACGUUAUUGGGAAUUUGUGAAUGAUAUAUUAAUGUAUCUUUGGGCAAUAAUGUGGACCAAAUAUUAAGUGUUAUAGCUUCCUCUAAUAACACUUUAAUGCUGCAAGAAAUUAGUUUGUGUGGCAAACAAAUCAUGUGUGAAAGAAACUUUCUGUUUUCUAAUUGGAAUGUGCAGUAUUAUUUCUCCGGACAAGUUUUGUCUGUGCGAGAAUGUUAAGUUUAUAUUCGGUAUGUAGAGUAUGAAUGAUUUCUUUUUGAUUUUACUGAAAUUUUCUCCCCUACCUUCUUUUUUGGCUAUUCUUGUUGAACUUUCUUUAUCACUUAUUCCUAUAUUCAUAAUAAUAGAACACCACUAUUGUUGCUUAAUUGAUCAUAUUGACCAAGUUAAUGUAAUGUGAACUUCCAAUGUCAUGUUUCUUUCUCUUUUUUUCAUACUUUCGAUGACCUCCUGUGGUCCUCUUUCUGUGUUAGCUGUAUGUAUUACAAAUUAUAUAGAAAGGUUGUUUGACUGAUUUCUUGUGGUCGAAAUUUUAUACCAUGACUUUUUUCACCUUUUACAAUUUUUGCAAGAUUUCCUCUCAAUGCUUCAUGACCAAGCCUCUGUAAAGGUUGCCUCAGCAGUUACUACAAGAUUAACCUGACAACCCCAACCAAGGAUCUUGUUUCGGAGUAUAUUUCUCACCAGUUCUGAGGUGUCCAAUUGAGAAAAUAAUGGUCAAAAUCUAGUAAAAGGGGUUCUCAUAUGAAAAGAUGUCCUCCAUUUCAACAUUGUGUCAUAUCCAAAUAUUUGUGUUCUCUUUGGAAAGAUGAUAGAAUAAGAUACUGAGAGCUGAGAUCACAAUAGAGAAAAAAAAGACGAUCAAUCGAAACUAUUGAAACAGAUACUUUCCUCCUAUGUAAAGU